CAUGGCCGCGCUGCUCUGCUUCGUGCUGCUCAUGUACUUCCCAAGUGUAUCUACUGCCCAGACUACUGAUUGCCCGCACUUCAGUAAACAAUGUAUGAAUGUUGCAAAUGGGUGUGAGAGCAUCUGGACUAUUGUUGAGGAUGUCUGCAAUAUUUCAGGUAAUAGAUGCAAGGCAGAAGAUGCUAUUGGCUGUAAUAGAAUCAUCUGGGCUCUGGCUGACAAAUAUCCAGACUUUAAAAACUGUGUCUGCACUACAGAUGGUCCCUGCAGCAUCACAGCUAUACUCGGGAAUCGAUGCAGUGGUGACAAAGAGAGCAUGGAAAGUUCAUCAAGAUCAAAUGCUGAGCUGAGUUUUAGGCAGCACAGAAAGCCCCAAAGCCAAAGACAUCCCGAUGAAUCAGAGAAGGAUUGCACCACUGCGAAAAGAUUCUGUCAAGAGGAUCUGUACUGCUCUUCUGUGUAUAGGAGCUUCCAGCAAGCGUGCCAGGCAGAGGCAGCAAAAUGUAGGAUGGGCAGCCAGGAGUGUUUGUCAGCAUGGAAAGAACUGAGGAAAACAGUGCUGGGAGAGUGCAAGUGCUCGGAGCCACUACAAAGGAGAUGCCUUAAAAUAUGGAAGGGAAUAUUUAGCAACCCUUGUUUGCAGUAUUCUCAAGGGAACCAAGAUUCAGUAGCUAGUGAAAAUGGUGAUGAAGAUGAUGAUAAUGGUGAUGAUCAUGAUAAAAAUCAGAACACUGACAUAGACAAUAUUAGUAUGGAAACAAAGCUACAAUGGAGUUUAUCAUCUCUCUCCAAGCAAGCAUACACAGCAAACAGAUCCUGUUUGGAUGUGAACAUGGACUGUGUUGAAGAUGAAGUAUGUAACAAACAGUUGUCCCUGUACCUUAAGGUCUGUUCAGUAAAUAAGAAGUGCAACAUGGAAGAAUGCCAAGCAGCCAUGAGGUUCUUCUAUCACAACAUGCCUUCUGAAGUCGCCCAAAUGAUGACAUUUUGUGACUGUGUCCAGCCUGAUGAAUCCUGCCACAGUGCCAAAGAACUUCUUCAUGGGAAGCCCUGUGCAAUUACUUCAGCUCCACUCCCAUCAUGUCUAAGUGUAAUUCGCAUGUGUGAGGAAGAUGAAUUGUGCAGGAAAAAAUACAAAGCUUUUUGGGACAAAUGUUGGAGACAUGUGACCAAAGAGUGCUAUGACGAUGAAGCUUGUCUUGAAACUUUAAUUAAAGACGACAUGCCCUGUUCUGCAAACGCUGAUUGCAAAGCAGCCUACAUCAGCAACUGGGGCACAAUGCUACGUGUGGAGUGCACCUGUCAGAAUUCACCACCGGCAGAACAGUCGCUGUGCAAGCUCUUCCAUCACAUGCUUCACAGCACAUCCUGCUUCAGUCAGCUACGUGAGUAA